CUCUACUGCCCAACGAACAGCGGAGAGCUGCAGUGACACACAUUACAUAUGUUUGGCUAUUUGCAAUGCAACGCAUCCUCUAUGUGCUAGCCCAGGAAGAAUAGUUUAGAAGUGUUUUACCACGAAUCAUGGAAUGAAGUACUCAGCUUCUAAUGAUAGGGAGAGCAAAACGAGCAUAUGACGACAGCAGCCACCACGGUUUAUUUUUUCGGUACCAUACACUGUUCAGUCUAAACUUCGUUACAAUACCGAUGUGCGAUGUAUAGUUACGAGUGCUGGUAAAAAUAGGAAACAAUCCAAUGAAUCCUCAUGUAUCGACAUCAACAAAAGGCAGGAACAUAGUAUCCGAUAGAAGCGUGGAUCUUUGGCAUUGGCGAUGUGCAAACAAUAUACUCUCUUUGGAUAUGAGGUUUAGUUUUGUUCCCGUAGUUCAUAUCGCCUGCAGUACAACCUCGAAUAUAAAUUAGGGAAAAACUAAUGCCGAAAAUUGUGAUAUAACACCUGUCGUCGAAGAGAAAAUAGUCAAAAACGAAUGAAAACAAAAUUGGAGUGGCCUUCGCUUGUGUAAUCCAGCAUCGUGAGGAUUCAAGAGAAAUAUCAUUAAAUCAGUCAGCGGGUUAAGCAAGAUGAAUCGCGAUAAAGAUGAUAAGUCUUCCAAUACAGGCAUUGCUGGUGGGUUAGCUGGGUGCAUCACCCGCUUCAUAUGCCAGCCGUUAGAUGUACUAAAAAUUCGCUUCCAGCUGCAAGUCGAGCCUUUGCGGGAGGAUCAUAUGACCUCCAAAUAUCGCACAAUUCUACAAUCGACAAGAUUGGUUUAUAAAGAAGAGGGCCUUGCAGCUUUCUGGAAGGGUCACAACCCUGCCCAGGUUCUGUCGAUUAUAUAUGGCGUGUCGCAAUUUUCCUCCUACGAACAUGGCAACCAACUGCUGAGGAAAAUCGAAACCUUUGAGGAACACCACAACGUUAGAAAUUUCAUUUGCGGCGCUCUUAGCGGCACUGUUGCCACUUUGAUUACACUACCAUUAGAUGUCGUUAGAACGCGACUGAUAUCGCAGGAUCCUCACCGAGGGUAUAAAAACUCGGUCCAAGGACUCCGCAUGAUUUUCAGACAAGAAGGCUUCAAGGGUCUCUAUCGUGGGGUUACUCCAAGCGUUCUUCAGAUUGCUCCGUUGACUGGGGGUCAAUUUAUGUUUUACAACAUUUUUGGAAGUAUGUUCAGACAGUAUUCAAAUAUUGGUGUGAACGAAACGUUACCAGCGAUCGAACUGUUCAUUUGCGGUGGAUUGGCGGGACUGUGCACAAAAUUGCUGGUUUAUCCGCUAGACUUGGCCAAAAAGAGAAUGCAGAUACAGGGAUUCGCCAAAAGCCGACAAACAUUCGGUCGCCACUUUGUGUGUAAAAGCAUGUUCAAUUGCAUGUACAUAAUUGUCAAACAGGAAGGAUUCGUCGGACUGUAUAAGGGCCUAUACCCUGCACUGCUGAAAGCCUGCUUCAUGUCAGCUUUUUAUUUUGCUAUCUACGACGAGAUGGUGUGGAUCCUGAAUCACUGAUAAGAGGUUUAUCAUCUUCCAAAGAUAUUAUUCUGGGAUGAAUAUGAUUCAUCACUGAAGACGAAAUAUUCCUAUUCACGUGCAAAAUUAACAGCAUCAACUACCUAAAAGUAGCUUUGUAAGUAUAACGACAACCACAAGUUUAAGGAUCGGUAUUGAGCUUCUGAAGCUAAACCUCAUGCGGGAAAUAACCAAGCUAAAUAAGCAGUCGUCAAUUAGGAGAACAAUUUCGUUACAAGUAGAACUGCAAAUAUUAAGCCAACUUAGAAAGUAGCUGGUCCUUAUCCGGUAAAGUUUUACAAUAAGUUUCGAUAACCCAAAGCACAACAAAGCUACACUUGGUACACACAGAUUUACAAAACGAAGAACAGCAGUAUCAAUAAUUGUAAAGAAAAACGAUAACAACUUAAUUAGUAUUUUUCUCUUCCGGGUAGCCUUAAUUCAACGGCCUUCCCUGGCCGAAUAGCUCAGGGGCGACAUUCAAGUUUAUACUCUUAAUACCACAAAUGCUCUCAGUUAUUAUUUGAUGUUCAGUUUGUACUUAAAUAUGGCAUAAUCAAGCCAGUUUCCGUUUAGUUGAAAGCCACCUAUCCCCUGGAAUCAUGUUUAAUUUUCGACGAAUUACCUAACUGUGUAUCAUUUUUUUUUUUUUUUCAUUUACAAUUUAACAGGACUUUUUUUACCUAACUUAUUCAAAUAAGCAGUUCAAACAAAAAUUAUCAAUAUCGAAAGAAAAAGUGACUGAAGAGUGAGCACUACAUGUAGCUAGUUUUAAAGAUUAAAUGUGUGCUUGAAACGUAUUGUGUUGACAAUAAAAUGCGAAGAUAAAAACGAA